AUGGAGAUGCCGAAAGAGGUAGAGAAGGAGAAGUCGUCGUUGAAGUCUCGGGUCAAGACCGGACUACGCCGCGUCUCUACGCGCCUCUCGCACCCCCGUCGGACCGCCAGCGCGGUAUACCCGGAGAGCACCGCCAGCGACAGCAGCGAUGACGCGCUGCACGUUGCGCACCCACGCAGCCUGACGACUUCAACGUCCUCGAGCAGCGACUGCGCCGAGCUGCAAGUGGCGCGAACUAAGGUCCCCGGAACACCGGACCGGAAGGAUAUCAGAGUACGGCAGCGCGUCGUGAGCUUGGGCAGGCUCCUCUUCCCGCUACCGCCAUCUCCUGCUUCGCACAACUCCCCUGCGCCCGACUGCUCCGAGAAGCCGCCGCAUAUUCCUAGGAAACUCAAGAAGCGCGCACGGACGGCGAGCACAGCCACAUACGUGUCAAGCAACUACAUGUCCUUUUCCGCCAUCGAAGAUGUCAACACGCCAUCGGUUCCGCCCGGUGAUCUGCACCAGAGCCCAAGCUUGCAGGAGCAGGAGGUAGAGGCCCUGGACCCCUUCCUCGUCGAUGACCCGGAGGAUCCCGAGCCCAUCACGCCUGCACCUAUAGCUGCGCUGGCACCGACGCCGGCGACCGACUCGCGCGACAUCACGCCCUCCCACGAGGUCGAGAUCUCGACGCCGCCAUUAUCGGUCACCCCUGAAGUAAAGCCUGAACCGAGUCUGAACGUUGACAAGCCUGUGCCUCCACCGCCAGCGCCGGCACCAGCCAGCGAGUCGAGCGAGGAGGAUGAGCCUGAAGUGCCCGCUGUCUACCUGCCUCAACUCGUCUUACCGACGAUGUUCCUUCCGAUCCCGAAUACCGAUCCUUUGAGCACGCUGCUCACGAAGUACAUCGCGGACGAGCGGCGUAGGCCUCCGCGCGAUAUCAGCGGCGAUUACUCGCGCGCGGAUUUCCAUACACUCGUGAUGACGAACAGUUGGCGCGCGAUCGCUCGGCUUGCCCGCGACAGGCUUGUCCAGACGGACCCAGAGGACCUUGAUCGUGUGUUCAACCUGUGGUAUCUGCGCCUGUCGUCGCUCGCGCGCCUGAGGCUGUUCAACCAGACGACAUCCGAGGCGGCGAACCUCCAGAAUGUACUGGUCUCUGUCCCGCAGUCCACGCUAGAUCGCAUCGUGCCCUUCGAGUUGCAGGUGCUCUUCGCACGCACGGCGUACUGGGCCGGAUCAGCGCCCGAAUACGCCGAUGCUUUGGGCGUCCUCCUCAAACGCUGUCGCACGCAGGGUCGCCGCGCCCGGCACGCCGCCGACCGAACAAUGUGGCGCGAACGCGGAGCGCGGGUCGCACUCAUAGCCGCCAGCCGCGCCGUCGAGUCCAAAGACUACGCAUCCGCCAUCUCCCUCAUACAGCCGCUCUUGCAGCAACCCGAUUUCGACACUGCUGGAGCUGAUAAGACACUACCACGCGAAGUCGGCUGGGAGCUGAGGGCAGCUCUUGCAAGAGUGUACUUGCAAGCCGGCCUACUCGGCGAGGCGGAGAAGGAGUUCUCACGUGCAGCAGAGGUCGAAGGCGCACCCGAAAGCAGCAAGGUUAUGGCUCAGGCGUUACUCGCGUGCGCCAGGGGCGAGUGGGCCAAAGCAGAGGAGCUACUCGCUUCGAUUGUUCUCCAAGUCAGCGUCGAUGCUGAAGGUAAAGAAGAGGAGAACUUUGCUGCCGUCAAUGAUCUGGCUGUGGCGCUCCUCGCGCAGGGGAAGAUCAAGGCCGGGAUCGAAGUUCUCGAGCGCGCGCUGAAGAAGAGCCCUGGUAGCUUGGCCAUGGCCGAGCCGUUCUUGUUCAACUUGUCGACGCUAUACGAGUUACGUAGCGCGGUUGCAGCUGACAAGAAGCGUGAGUUGCUGCUCGAGGUGGCGAAGUGGUCGGGAGACGGACUAAGGGUGACGUGUUUGAAGCUCCCGACGAACUGA